GAUGAACACCUUACGGAUGAUCGUCGCUUGGUGGCUGUCGACCCACCAAAGUGCUGGGUUCCUACGCCCAAGCCGGGCAAGGGGAAGGGUGGGCAGGUUCCCGAAGGUAAAGGCAAGGGUGUGGGUGGUGGUGGGGCUGAGCUUCCCGCUGAUGCCCGGCCCUUGAAUAUGAUGUGGUCAGAUGGCCCUGAUGAAGCCCCAAUGCUAGCUGUGGAGAUGGACUUUGGGGAUAUUCCGGAGCCUCCGAUUGAGGAGCCAGAUCUCACUGAGGGUGCGAUUUACAAACGUAUGUGGCGGAUGUUCCGCCCGAGAGCAGACGGAAGCUACCUGUUGCCCGACUCCGUUGUCCAAGAGUAUCAGAACAAAACGACAAGGCCAAAUAUCGUUCGUGCCUUUGAACGGUGUGGCUACGAUUCUGCAAAGUUUGUGCGGAAGGUCAAUAAGACCCUCGAGGAUAUUGAGGAGGUGGCAAUAGAAGAGGAUUGGGAGUUCCUGACAGAGGACGAGAUGAAGGAAGCCAAUUGGUCGGAGACAACCCUGUAUGACAACAAGACGAUGCACUGGGCCAACACGAAGGUGACCGGUGUGAAGAAGAAAACCAACCGCUCCAUCGUCCGCCGAAUCUUCGAGGAUGAAGAGGAGGGCACCAUCGAGGAUAAAGACCUCGUCAUGGACUGGGGGAAUAUCGACAUGCAAGGUGCCCAAAGCAGUCUUCCGGCUGGUGGAACAGUGCCUUCCCUGGAUGGGGUGGACAAGAAGACUCUGCAGUGCUUCCCCGACCUGGAGAAGGUUUCUACGCCUUCGUCGAUCGUGCCUAAAGCAGGGGCUGCCGUGCAAAAAUGCCUAGCUAAGCUUUCGGCCCGCGAGCCCGAGCUGUCAUCUUGUGUGGAGACUGAAUUAGUGAAGAAGAUGAAUGCCCGGAUUGCUUCGAUGUACGACAGCCUCUCGAAGGAAGAUGCUGACAUGAACGUGCUCUACGAGCAGGGCAUGAUUGAUGGGUACAAUGGCGA